AUGCUGCCCAAGAGCUUGGCUGACACCAUCGUUGCUGCUGCCUCGCUACCACCACCACCACCAUCCCCCACCGCCGUUACACCAAAGAUGAGCAACACAGACAACUCAGGCAGCACAGGCAACAAGAUCGGCGACACCAUCAAGGGCGUUCUGAACGCCGGGCAUGGCGCAGGCGAGACGAUCCGGGGCACGAUCAACCAGACGCUCGACUCUGCCGGCGAGGGGCUUCGUCAAGGUAGCAGCCACACGCACACUGCGCGCGACGCACCCACCGACGGCAAGAGCGCCGACUACGCCGGCAACCACUCGCAGCGCGACGUCACCCAGAACGGCGCCGACGAAUUCAAGCGCGGCAUCGACAGCAUCGCCGGCGCCUUCAACAAGGACAAACCCCACUCGUCGGCCUAG